GACAAGAUGACAAUUCAUAUUUUUACCAAAGGAUCCAGUGAGUCAUCCUGUUAACCCCGCUGAAAUACAUGCUUGCCAGUCAUCCUGCCACGUUAGCCAAGCGACAUCACAAUGACUGAGGACUUAGACCACAGAUUCAGCAGUCUCACCUGGGAUCAGAUUAAAAUCCUGGAUCAAGUUUUAGCUGAGGUCAUACCUAUUCAUGGGAGAGGAAAUUUUCCAACACUGGAUGUAAAGCCGAAGGAUAUCAUUCACGUGGUAAAGGAACAGCUCAUUGAAAAGCAAAUCAACGUUAGAGAUAUCCGCCUGAACGGUUCGACAGCCAGUCACAUCCUAGUGAAGCAGAACGGAACCAGUUACAAGGACCUGGACAUCAUUUUUGGGGUGGAACUUCCAAGUGAGCUCGAGUUCCAGGUUGUUAAGGAAGCAGUUCUUAAUUGCCUAUUGGACUUCUUGCCAAAAUGUGUUAAUAAGGAAAAAAUCACUGCUCAGACCAUGAAAGAUGCCUACGUGCAGAAGAUGGUCAAAGUCUCCACCGACCACGAUCGCUGGAGUCUCAUCUCGCUGUCAAACAACAGCGGCAAGAAUGUAGAAUUAAAGUUUGUCAACUCGCUCAGACGGCAGUUUGAGUUUAGCGUGGACUCCUUCCAAAUCAUACUGGACUCCAUACUAAAUGUUUACAGAGCAACAGACUGCAAACUGACAGAAGACUCUCACCCCACUGUCAUCGCCGAGAGUAUGUAUGGAGACUUCAACGAAGCAAUGGACCACUUAAAAUACAAACUGAUUUCCACAAGGAGCCCGGAAGAAAUCAGAGGAGGUGGCCUCCUGAAGUACAGCAAUCUCCUGGUUCGUGACUUUAAGCCAGCAGAUGAGGCUGAAAUUAAAUCUCUGGAACGUUACAUGUGCUCCAGGUUCUUCAUUGAUUUUCCAGAUGUUGCUGAGCAGCAAAGGAAAAUUGAGUCAUAUCUGCGCAACCACUUCAUUGGGGAAGAGAAAAGCAAGUAUGACUACUUGAUGACUCUGCGUGGAGUUGUAAAUGAGAGCACAGUCUGUCUCAUGGGACAUGAACGAAGACAAACUCUGAAUAUGAUCACAAUUCUGGCUUUAAAAGUACUCGGAGAACAAAAUAUCAUCCCAAAUGCAGCCAAUGUAACAUGCUAUUAUCAGCCUGCUCCAUAUAUCAGUGACAGAAACUUCAGCAAUUACUACAUUGCUCACGGACAACCACCUAUCAUCUACCAGCCAUACCCAUUUCACAUACAAAUGCAAAGCGGCAUGGUUUAGGAACACGAUGACCUCCUCAGCACUUACACUCCUCUCUCUUUCCAGUUCUCUCCGUAAUAAAGGCCUCAUUAAA